UCAGCAAAAAUCGCUUGCACAACUUUGCCAUCCACGAGCCCUCGUUCAAGGUUCGGUCAACGCCCUUCUGCAACGAAUAUUAUAAACACUUUUGACUGAAAAAAUAUGCUCGCGCAAAUUUUAUUAUAAACAAUUACUUGUAGAGAUUUUCGAACGGCAACGGCUGUCGAAAGUCGAUUGGGCUUUCAUAUAUAAACCACCACCGAGUUAGUUGAAAGCACAUUUCGCGCUGACUUGCAAACGUGAUCAACAUGAAUCCGCUCAAGAUUUUCUGCUUCGUGGCUUUACUUGUCGCAGCCGCUAGUGCUGCACCCAAGCAUGGCAAGAACAAGGAUAAUGCCGUCUCGAGUAGUUUAAAGCCCACUGAUUGGUUAUCGGUGUCUGAACUCCAGUCGAUGCAGUCAGCUGAGGAUUUCACUAUGCAGCAGUUGGAGAACAUGUCAGUGGAGGAAGGCGAACGAGAAAUUGAGAAAAUUUAUCACCUCUCACAAAUUAACCACGCGUUGGAACCAUCAUUUGUGCCAAGUCCCAGUAAUGUGCCAGUUCUCUUGAUGAAACCCAAUGGUCAACCCGAACAAACCACUUUGAAUGAGAUGGUCGACGCUGCCAAGAAACAGCCCAGCUUUGGCAAUGAGGAAGUUACCAUUUUCAUCACUGGCUUGCCCCAGACCAGCCCUGCAGUCGCAAAGGCAAACAAAAAAUUGGUUCAGGCCUACAUGCAGCGCUACUAUGGUCAGCAACAGCCCAUUAACAGCAACAAGGACUACGAUGAUGGCAAUCAGGCAGCCACUUCAAGUGAAGAAGACUACAGUGAAUCGUGGAAGCACCCGAAAGCCACCAAGGGCGACCUUGUCAUCAUCAACUUAGGUUCCACCCUGACCAACAUGAAGCGCUUCGCCCUCCUCGAUGUAGAACAAACUGGCAAUAUGAUUGGCAAAGCUUUAGUGCAAUUGACCAACGAAGUUGAUGUGCCACAAGAGAUCAUCCACAUUGUUGCCCAGGGUAUCGGUGCUCAGGUUGCAGGCGCAGCCGGUCGCCAAUACAGACGCUUGACUGGACAUCAACUCCGCCGUAUCACAGCGCUGGACCCCUCCAAGAUGUUUGCCACUAACAAGUAUGAGCUAACUGGUUUGGCCCGUGGAGAUGCCGACUUGGUCGAUGCCAUUCAUACCUCGACCUGCGGCAUGGGUACACGCCAACGCGUCGGCGAUGUCGACUUCUAUGUCAACGGUCCAGCAAGCAGUGUUCCCGGUGCUACCAAUGUAGUUGAGGCAUCUAUGCGUGCUACACGCUACUACGCUGAAACAGUCCGCCCAGGUAAUGAACGCAACUUCCCCGCUGUCCCCGCCAACUCAAUGGAGCAAUACGUCAAUAACGAGGGAGCUGGCAAGCGCGCUUACAUGGGUAUCGCCACCGAAUUCGAUUUGGAAGGUGACUAUAUACUCAAAGUGAAUUCCAAGAGCCCCUUCGGCAAGAGCGCUCCCGCUCAAAAGCAGACCAACUACCAUGGCAUGCACCAGUCAUGGAAAAGCAGCAAAAGCCUAAACCAGGAUUACUAAGCUAAGAAUUCUAGUAGCAAGCAUGUAAAUGAUGAUUAGAACAUUUCCCCAAUUUUAGAAUUUUUGUAGUUUUUAUAAUUUUCAUAAAAAUAAAAAUUUUCAUAGAAAUAAA